GCCAAACUGACUACAUAAAGUCAAACCGAACAUAAACUGCUUUAGUGUUAUUUUGAGUCACUUACACAUAACUUGUCCAAUAAAGUUUAUCAAACAAAUACGGAGUAUUUACCAUGAACUCAAACAUGCGUCAUCGUUGUGUCGUGUUAUUUGCAAUUUUUUUCUUUGGCCUCAUUAUUUCGUUAGAUGCGUCCCCGAAGCCGGCUCCGAAAAGCGCGGAAAAGCGAAAAGAGGGGUCCUCUUCAAAUGCUGCAACGUCCGAGAAAGAGGAGGAUUCGAAGGCUAUAAAGAAUUUGGAAAAAAAUAUUUUAUAUCCACGUUUAUACAACUGUUUUUCAGAUAACAAAAUUAAUGAACCCUCUGAACGACCUGUAUGGAAACCAAUCAUUCUUGUUAAGGUUUUAGCUGCACAAAGAUUAAUAUUAACCGGCCAACAAGACGAAAUAGACCAAGCGACUCUAAUAUUAAGUAUGGCAAUACAAUCUAUGGCUAUGGGUGAAGAUGAAGUAUACACUGAUAAGGAAUCACUGGAUCACAAUUGGUCAAGGUGGGACGAAAUCCGAAAAGAUGAAAAAGAGAAACUUAUAGUUUACAUGAAUAAUGCCAUCGGAAAUUUUGUAAGGGACUUAGGAGGAAACAGAAAGAAAAGAUAAGAAAGAAGAGAAAAAUAAGAAAAAAAGUGGAUAAAUUCAAAAUUUAUGUUUUUAAUCAACAGUAUUUAAGAUAAACUUUAAAUAAUUGUAUUUAUUACAUGUUAUUAUUUUGUCAUAUAUGAGAUAUUAAACGUCAAG